UUUUAAACAUUCUCUACUGGGAUAGAGCCAGCCUGUGCUACACGGCAGACGGAACUGGGCUUUCGAGCGGUAGGGUUUUCUGCAGCUCAAUUCACGUACGGGCUUUUCCAAGCUAUGGGCUGUGAGUUGAAUCUCCUCUCUGUUGUUUGUGGUGCUUUUGCCGUUGGCGGCACGGUUGCUUCUCUCUACACUGACUGCUGGCAGAUAAACAGCAAAGGGUCGGUGAUGCUGAGUAUCCGCUGCCGGGGUCUCUGGAGAGAAUGUGUGUGGGACAAGUUUGUUAAAAUAUGGACAUGCGACAUUUUCAGUUCUUACCUGAACCCUCACCCAGCAACUAUAGUGGUGACGAGAUCUCUGAUGAUCACCUCCAGCAUUGCGAGUGUGGCUGCCUUCUUGUGCCUGCUUCUAGGAUUCAGACACUUCCAUUACUGUAGAGAUGCCAUGAUGAGAAGGCGGCUGCAGAGACUGGCUGCUGCAUUGUAUUUCCUAGUAGGAGUGUCUUCUACUGGUGCCAUUAUUAGAUACUGUGUGUAUGUUUACCAUAUUCACCAAUAUGAGGUCUCUCUAAAAAUCCCAGGCUUCCCCAGUUUUGAAUAUGGUUACUCAUUGUGGACGGCUGUUGGUGCAACAUUAGCCGCUCUGUCAUCUGCCAUUAUCUCAACCUAUGAAAGCUGCUUCAAGGAGAUAAAGAAUAAAGAAAGGACAAAGGAGAGUCCGUCUCAAACCAAGCAAUCCAUCAGCACAUAUGUUUAACACCCCAGACCCACUUCAACCAGUUGGAUGUGUUUCUUUAAGCCUGGAUAAGAACCCGUGAGAUCAUGUUUGUUGCUGUAUAAAUAGGUGUUGGGUUUGUUUUUCCAUAUAUAUUCAGUAUACUGUGGUGUUUGUCAAUCAAAUAAAAUGAUGAUAUAGUAUCUGUGUUACUCUAAAAGGGGAAAGUGAAACUGUAGCCGCAGGUAGCAAUAGAGCAAAGCGAUCUGUCUGUUUCUUAUAAAGACUACAAAGCGAUCGGUCUGCCUCUGUUAUAAAGACUGCAAAGCAAUCUGUCUGUCUGUCUCUUAUAAAGACUGCAAAGUGAUCUGUCUGUCUGUCUCUUAUAAAGACUGCAAAGCAAUCUGUCGGUCUCUCUUAUAAAGUCUGCAAAGCGAUCUGUCGGUCUCUCUUAUAAAGUCUGCAAAGCGAUCUGUCUGUCUCUCUUAUAAAGUCUGCAAAGCGAUCUGUCUGCCUCUGAUAUAAAGAUUGCAAAGUGAUCUA